UCACGCAGUGGGCGUGGCCAAACACCAACACGGAAGCCGUUCCUGUGGUCCUGACUUGCCUGGCACCGCAGUACCCUCAAGAGGAAAAUCUGUGAUAUUUGUCCCUUUCUACCGAGCUCACCGGCUUUAUCUGGAUCCCUUUAACCCUUUAACGGUGACAUCCGGGACACUACAAUGCUCUCACCGAGGUUCCUGCUGCUGAGGUCAGCUGCGUCCUUCACGGCCAGGUCCUUCUGCGCGGCGGGGGGCGUGUCCAAGCCCGGCAGGGCGCCGGACAUGGCAGAAGGAGAUCCACUUUUACACGUGUCUAACGUGCGAAACAGGCUGAGAGAAAUCGUGGGAGCUUCCACUAACUGGAGGGACCACCAGCAGGCCAUGUCGGAGCGCCUGUCGCUGUCGUCCAUGUUGGCGAAGUCUCAGAACGAUCUUCCAGCCAAGACGAUGAAGGACAGCUACCUGGAGGUGCACCUGCCUCUGGGCUCCGAGCCACAGCUCCGAGAGAAAUACCUCACCUUCCACAACACUGUCAGGUUUGGGAGAAUCCUGGAGGACUUGGACAGUUUAGCAGUCCUCAUCUCUUACUCUCACACCUACAAUCCGACACUGAAGAGGUCUCCGCUGUCCAUCGUCACCGCCCUGGUGGAUAAGAUCGACAUGAGGCAGCACGUCAUCUAUCCUGACUGCGACAUCAAGUUCACCGGUCAUGUGACGUGGGUGGGAAAGACUUCUAUUGAAGCCAAGAUGCACAUGUCACAGUACGUUAACGGAGCGUAUACCCCGGUCCUGGAUGCUACGUUUGUCAUGGUGGCCCGGGAUCCAGAAAACAAGAGGGCAGCUUUUGUAAAUCCACUGAAGCCUGAAGGUCCAGAGGAGGAGAGACUUUUCCAGGAAGGAGAAGCCAAUAAAUCCCGCCGCGUGGCUCUGAGCACCGCGUCGCUGCUGAAGGUGGCGCCCACAGACGAGGAGAGGAAGAUCGUACACAGUCUGUUCCUCAACACGCUGGACACAAAGACGGUUAGUUUCCGGAGCAGAAUUCUGCCUCCAAACUCAGUGUGGAUGGAAGACGCCAAAGUGAAAGGACUGGAGAUCUGCCACCCUCAGGAGAGGAACAUCUUCAACAGGAUAUUUGGAGGUUUUCUGAUGAGGAAAGCCUACGAGUUGGGCUGGGCCAACGCCUGCUCCUUCGGAGGAUGUCGACCCAGUCUGGUGGCUGUUGACGAUAUCCUCUUCCAGAAACCCGUGGACAUCGGCUCGCUGCUGCUGCUCUCAUCACAGGUGUGUUACACACAGGGGAAUCACAUCCAGGUCAGAGUUCACAGCGAGGUGUUUGACCCUCUGACCCGCCAGCACAACACCACCAACGUCUUCCACUUCACCUUCUUUUCUGACCGCGACGUCCCCAACAUCAUCCCAAUGACAUACGGAGAGUCGAUGCUUUACCUGGACGGGAAGAGACACUUCAAUCAGACUGUGGAGCCCUGAACGCAACAUGUCUGCUGCCUGCCAAAACCUCUGUGUGUGUGUGUGUGUGUGUGUGUGUGUGUGUGUGUGUGUGUGUGUGUGUGUGUGUGUGUGUGUGUGUGUGUGUGUGUGUGCGUGCUUGUGCGCGUGUGUGUGUGUGUGCGUGUGCGUGCAUGUGUGUGUGUCGGAGGUCAAUUGAGAAGAAUAAAUGCACUUCAUACAGUAUACAUCCUUUUUACAUCACGCCUUGUUAAACCUUACAGACCCCACAUGGUAACCAUGUUUGAUUCUUGUUACUUUAUGUGUUCCGGUAUCGUUUACUGUAUAUUUUAUUUCCUCUUUGUUUCACAGUUGUAACCAAGGUUACAACAACCAGGCGGCUCGUUUGACAGCCAGUCAGCGUUUACAACUUCUCAACAUUUAAACGUUUUCCUGGCCUUGUCAUAACCUCAUUUAUUCCUGAUUGCUUUACGGUUUUUAUAUUCCACUGUCGCUUAUACGCACACAACUUUUCUUUACUUUUAUUUUAUAAUGAAUGGCAAGCUUUAUUCUGAAUGUGUCAGGCUGCUGCGAGAUGGAGGAGGGAGCAUUUUUCUGGCCUUACGUCAUGUAUUUACUCAAAUGCAAUAAAUGAAUUCUUAUUUAUGCUGA